AUGGGCGGCCCAGAAGAGACAAGACCUCUCGCUCAGGCUUCGGAGCCAGCGCCGGAGCCAGAGGAAGUUGCAGAACAGGGGCUAGAGGUCGACGAAGAAGGCGAGGAAAGUGAUGAGUAUGACGUUGAGGACGACGAAGCGGGCCCCCUUGCCGUAGAGGAUAACGUACACGAUGAGCAGGAGGAGGAGGAAGAAGAAGAAGACGAAGACGAAGAGGGGGAGGAAGACGAAAGACAAGAGAAUCUCACUGCGUACUUACUCUCCAACGGGACCAAUGGACGACCUCAAGAAGAGGAAGAAGAGGGUGACGACGAAGAUGAUGACGAGGAGUACGCAGAACCUCCCGAAAUUCCUCCGCUCACCAAGGGAUCAAAGAGAUCUCUGGACGAGACGGAAGAAGCCGACCAGGUGGUCGGCAACGGUGCAGGGACUCAGGCAAAGAAAGUCAAAGUGUAA